CACCUAGCAGCGAGUAACUCAGAGACUGAAACCUACGGCGAUCGGUCCAUCUUAUUCUCGAGAGAGCGAAUUUUACUUGCUCAGGUGUUCAGCAUGUCGCAGCAGCCAGAACAGGCGCCGGUGAGGCUCAUCACGGCGUUCGGCAGCCCGUUCGCGCACCGGGUGGAGGUGGCGCUCACGCUCAAGGGGGUGCCGUACGAGCUGCUCGUGGAGGACCUGGCCAGCAAGAGCGACCUGCUGCUCGCCCACAACCCCGUCUACCAGUCGGUCCCCGUCCUCCUCCACGGCGACCGCGCCGUCUGCGACUCCCUCGUCAUCGUCGAGUACGUCGACGAGGCCUUCCACGACGACGACGGGACGGCGCCCCGGCGCCUCCUCCCGGCGGACCCCUACGACCGCGCCACCGCCCGCUUCUGGGCCGACUUCGUCGCCAACAAGUGCUUGAAGCCGCUGUGGCAGUCGACGUGGACCGACGGCGAGGAGCAGGCGCGGCUGGCGAGGGAGACCAAGGAGGGACUGGGGGUACUGGAGGCACAGCUCGACGGGAAGCGGUUCUUUGGGGGCGAGGCCCUCGGCUUCGUCGACCUCGCCGCCUGCACGCUGGCUCACUGGCUCGGCGUGCUGGGGGAAGUCGGCGGGGUGCGGCUGAUGGAGGACGGCGAGUACCCUGCUCUCCGCCGGUGGGCCAAGGAGUACACUUCCCAUGAGGUCGUCAGGCGGUCCCUGCCGGACAGGGACGAGCUCGUCGCCUACUUCACCAAAAACAAGGAGAAGUACCGGUCGUCGAUGCUCAAGCCAGCGGUGAAGUGAAGUGAAGGGAAGCAGUAGUGUGUGUGGUGCGACUCGAUCGUCGAGGCAGCAGCGCAUCUCAGCGUUUUGCUACAGUAUCUCAACAGCAAGUACAAUAUUAUAGCCAAUUGCUAGCUAUAAGUCAUUCUCAUGUCAUCUAUAGUCUAUCUUAUAGCCAACAUGUACAAUAGUUUAUUACAAAAGUGUACUACUUUUUUAUUAUAUGACCCACCUUUCAUACUCA